AUUUCUUUCUUCACCAGUUCACCCCUAAAACCUCUUUAAAACCCUAAAGAAAAAUCUCCAAUGCCUCUCGAAACCAUAUCCAAUUAGUCCUUAAACAUGUCUCUUUCCAUCUCUUCUUCUUCUUCUUCACUAUUCUCUCCUCUAAUUCCUCUCCGCUCCGAAACUAACAGAAGGCCCUACGCGUUCUCGUAUUGGAAGAACACGGUGAAUAGAAGGAUGCAGGUAGUUGCAGGGGCGAAGCGAAUAGUUUACGGCAAAGAGUGCAGACAGGGGUUGCUGAUUGGAAUCAACAAACUAGCUGAUGCUGUUUCUGUCACUCUAGGGCCUAAAGGGCGGAAUGUAGUCCUGUCGGAAGGUGAUACUGUUAAAGUAAUAAACGAUGGUGUUACGAUUUCUCGAGCCAUUGAGCUUUUUGAUACAGUUGAAAAUGCUGGGGCAAUGCUGAUUCAGGAGGUAGCGACUAAGACAAAUAGUUUAGCUGGUGAUGGUACAACCACUGCCAUUGUUUUGGCCCGUGAAAUGAUUAAGGCUGGGAUGCUUGCUGCGUCUUAUGGAGCUAAUCCCGUUUCGUUGAAAAGAGGUAUGGAGAGGACGGUGAAGGAAUUGAUUGAAGUUUUGAAGAAGAGUAGCUUUCCUGUUAAAGGAGCUGAUGAUAUAAAGGCUGUUGCUUCAAUAUCAUCUGGGAAUGAUGAAUUUAUUGGGAACUUAAUAGCUGAUGCAAUUGAGAAGAUUGGCUCUGAUGGAGUUAUCUUUAUUGAGUCUUCCUCCUCGACUGAAACCUCAAUUAUUGUUGAAGAGGGAAUGAAGAUUGACAAGGGGUAUAUGUCGCCUCAUUUCAUUACAAAUAAGGAAAAAUCUACCGUAGAAUUUGAAAAUGCGAGAGUUCUGGUGACUGACCAAAAGAUAUCAACUGUAAAAGAAAUUGUACCCUUGCUAGAGAAGGCCAUCCAAUUGAGUGUUCCACUGCUAAUUAUUGCUGAGGAUAUUUCGUUGAAUGUUUUGGAAACACUUGUUACAAAUAAGAUGCAAGGAGUACUCACUGUCGCUGUAGUAAAAUGCCCAGGCAUUUUACAUGGAAAGAAAGCUCUUUUGCAAGAUAUUGCUCUCAUGACAGGGGCUGAUUUUCUAUCUGGAGAGUUGGGGCUUUCCCUUGAGGGAGCAACCUCUGAUCAGCUUGGUAUUGCUCGAAAGAUAACCAUAACAAACAAUUCUACUACUAUUGUUGCUGAUCCUUCAACUAAAGCUGAAAUACAGGCUAGAAUACUGCAGAUAAAGAAAGAUCUUGAAGAAGCAGAUAAUAAAUAUUUGUCAGAAAAGCUCUCUGAAAGAAUAGCAAAACUCUGUGGUGGCGUGGCUGUAAUUAAGGUUGGAGCUCACACUGAGUUGGAAUUGGAAGAUCGAAAGCUAAGAAUUGAGGAUGCAAAACAUGCCACAUUUGCUGCCAUGAAGGAAGGUAUUGUACCUGGUGGUGGAGCCACAUAUGUACACCUCUCGAAAGAAAUACCUGCCAUUAAAAGCUCUCUCCAAGAUCCAGAUGAGCAAAUUGGUGCUGACAUAGUAAAACAGGCACUUCUUGCUCCUGCAAAGCUUAUUGCAGCUAACGCAGGAAUUGACGGAGAGGUAGUUACACAGAAGAUUCUAGCUUGCGACUGGAAAAUGGGAUUCAAUGCCAUGAAUGGAAAUUACGAAGACCUCAUAGCUGCUGGUGUUAUUGAUCCCUGCCGUGUAUUGAGGUGUGGCCUUCAGAAUGCUGUCUCAGUUGCUAGUACAGUUCUAACAACUCAAGCUAUAAUGGUGGAGAAAACAAGAACAAGGAAACCUAAGGAGGGCAUUCCCAAAAUUCCCGGUAUAACUCCUUAUUAAAGUCGAGAUGAUGCAGGUAAAAUCAAACACAGAAGGUCAAGCCAAUCUUCCAUUUGAAGUGAUGGAAAACGCUGAAUUUAAUGAGAUGGCUGCAGAGUUUUAGACAGCCAUAUACAUUCGGGGCAAUCGCGUUGGCUCAUGGUUCUUCAUGAGGAACUGUAAAUUUCCAGAAGCAGAGAAGGUACAACAUCUUGCACAUGCAUUUGCUCUGGUGUUUCUGCUGAAAUGUCAACCACCAUUAACAGUGUAGAGAAUAGAGAUGAAAGGUUGUUGAUUCCAGGUUCUGAUUGCUCAGUCACUUCUGGGUUUCUGGAUUCUCAAUGAUAGCUAAUGAUGUCCAAAUUUCAAAAUUGGUUUGCGGAAUGAUGAUUUCGGUAUAGAAAAAUCUUGGUUCUUAUUUUUGCAUGGUCUUGAAUUCUGUGGAAUUUGUGUGAAAUGUUUAUUUAUUUCUAAAAAUAAGAGUACAACAAACCA